AUGUCGAAAGGGGCGCUGGUCCAUAGAAUCGAGAUUCUAGAAGCCCAGCUGGCCACGGCCUUGGAACGGAAUGUACCUGAUAUCGGAGAGAACUCUGGGUUCGCUCACCUAUCGCCCACCCAGAGGAGUCCACAAGCCUGUGCCUCGAGAAAGGCACAUCUCAAAGGUGUGGUUCGUUUUCUUACACUGGGCCAUGAUGGAAAUGGCGAACCGGGAUAUCUUGGACCAUCAUCGGGACUUUCUAUGGCAGAAAAUGUCAGUCGCAUUGUCCAUAAUUCGGUCGGGGCUAGGUUAUUGCCUAUCAGUGGAAACAACCAACAGCCGGGAUCGGUGCAAGAAACUGUGCAGGUCAAGGCGGCACCACCAGACGACACGAUAGGGUCUCAAAUUCUCGAUUCCUAUUUCCUCAAUAUGCACAUGAGGCUCCCGUUUUUAGAUCGCACCGAAAUUCUAAACUUACACGCCAAGAGACAUGAACCGCCCGAGAAUACGCCAGAGGCGCAAUUCGGAAGAUUCAAAUUAUUCAUGGUGUAUGCGAUCGGAGCUGCAAUUCGUCACACGACAGACAAUGACAGCUCAAUUUCAUCGAAUGGAUAUCUCCUUACUGCCUUGGAGUUUGAUUCCACGUUGAGGGAAUCCAUAUCAAUUGCCAGUAUCGAGGCAAUGCUGCUACUCGUUCUAUACAAUCUACGUUCCACUUCUAACUCGAGCGUCUGGUAUAUGAUUGGACUGGCUAUGAGAACGUGUUUGGACUUUGGCUUUCAUAGAGAAUCCAGUUAUCGAAGACUAUCACCGCAUGAAACGGAGUUGCGACGACGUCUCUUUUGGAGUGUUUAUAUUAUAGAGAGAUAUACGGCGUGGUCUAUGGGAAGACCAUUCAGUGUUGUAGAAGAGGAGAUUGACGCUGAACCUCCUUCCAACCUCGAUGAUUCUAUCACCAACGACAGCGCUAUUGAGAGAAUCUUGCAUAACCGGUCAGUCGGUCGGGGUAGACCACACAAAGGCACACUUGGAAGAUUCAUCGCUUCGAUACAAUUACAACGGAUCGUGUCUCGAAUUCAUACGCGCAUUUACCGUGUUGAUACACAGAUAUCUGCUCUCACCUCGGAAAUUGGUCCGUUACUGUCAUCACUGCAGGCGUUCAAAGGCACGCUAGUAGCGCUUGAUGUGGAUGAAGGCGACUUUUUGCAUAUGCACUGGAACAACUCGAUCCGAAUCUUGCUUCAGCCGUUCCUGAGUUUCUUGCAUCCACAAGAUAGCUUGAUCGGGACGUGCCUAUUCGCAUCAGGUCAAAUGUGUCAGUUCUUCAAGAAGCUCAGACAGCGAGAGUCUGCUUCGGGAUCUUCGUUUCUGCUAGUCAACUCGGUUUUCAUGGCUGGCAUCACAAUAUGCUACUGUCUAUUUCGAUCUCCGGGCCUUUGGACACCCGCGGUAUCUAACGAUCUACGUGCCUGCUCGUCGGCACUAUUUCUCAUGGCAGAGCAUAACCCGCGUCUCAAAACAUAUCGCGACGGGCUUGAGACAAUAAUUAACCGAGCGAUGGAUUUUGUUCAAGAGGUCUCGCAGUCACAACAAACAAGCCAAGGCGCUCUGCUUUCGCAUGGAACAGAGCACGAACCAUUGCCCAUACCUGCAGCGUCACAUCCAGACCCAGGCCCCCAGGGGCUGCCUCCACGAGAUGAGACGAUUCAUGAGACAAACACGCAGAGAUUUGACUCGGCAAAUGCUGACUUGUUCUCGGACCUCCAGGAAAUCAUGAAUUUGCAAGGUGAUAUGUCCGGCAAUGAGAUGGAUGGAGUUCUACCUUUACAUGGAAUCUUCACGGAGGAUUUUUGGGCCGCUGAUGCCUUCAAUCUGCCCACGUUCGAUGGUUUCGGCUGGCGAUCUUGA